AAGAGAGGGGGAGAUAGAGAGAGAUAGAGGAAGCUACAUUUGAAGUGAGAUAGAAACAUUCAAAAUGGCAUCUCCUACACAAGAUCGGCCAAUUCGUGUGUAUGCUGAUGGCAUUUAUGAUCUCUUCCACUUUGGUCAUGCUCGCUCUCUUGAGCAGGCAAAGAAAUCGUUUCCCAACACGUACCUUCUCGUUGGAUGUUGUAGUGAUGCAGUUACAAAAAAGUUCAAAGGCAAAACUGUCAUGACAGAAGAUGAACGUUAUGAGUCACUUCGUCAUUGCAAAUGGGUGGAUGAAGUGAUUCCAGGUGCACCUUGGGUUGUCAAUCAAGAGUUUCUUGACAAGCACAACAUUGAAUAUGUUGCUCACGACUCUCUUCCAUAUGCUGACACUAGUGGUGCUGCAAAUGAUGUUUAUGAAUUUGUUAAGUCUGUUGGGAAAUUUAAAGAAACCCAACGGACCGAAGGAAUAUCUACAUCUGACUUGAUAAUGAGGAUUGUUAAAGAUUAUAAUCAGUAUGUGUUGCGGAACUUGGAUCGGGGUUACUCAAGAAAAGACCUUGGUGUGAGCUAUGUUAAGGAAAAGCGACUAAGGGUGAAUAGGAGUUUGAAAACCCUACAAGAGAAAGUAAAAGAGCAGCAAGAAAAGAUUCAAAUUGUUGCAAAGAAUGCUGGUAUGCAUCGAAACGAGUGGGUGGAAAAUGCUGAUCGUUUGGUUGCUGGAUUUCUAGAAAUGUUUGAAGAAGGAUGCCAUAAGAUGGGGACCGCAAUAAGAGAUACAAUUCAAGAAAGGUUGAGAACUCAACAAUCAAGUGAUGCAUCAUGUAUGCUCCAAAAUAGCAAGGAUGAUGGAGAUGAAGAGUAUUAUUAUGAGGGGGAAGAUGAUAGUGAUGAAGAAUAUUUUGAAGAAUAUUUUGAUAAUAAUCAUGAGCGUAAUCCCAAGAAUAAUGAGCUUAAUACUCAUAAUAAUGGAAAAGACAAGAACACAAGCUAGGCCUACUUUUAUGGAGUUGUUGCAUUCUUGUCAAAAUGUACAACUUUACACGAGCCUUCUAAUUUGCUAGUUUAUGGUCAAAAUUUUCAACGUUUAAUGUAUUAUUAUAUACAUGAAACUGUUGUGUGUGUCCAUUUCCUGAACUUUUUUAUAUAACUAAAGUCUCAUUACUAAU